AUGUCCGAUGUCAAGGGGACAUCAGUUGAUCAUGAAAAUCAGACGGAAUCGGUGCCAACAGAAGAACCACCCAAGAGGACGCAUAUGAGUGGAUGGCGUCUUUACGUCUUGACUUUCGGCCUCUGCCUCAGUCUCCUCCUCUCAACACUCGAAACAACAAUCGUCUCUACCUCUCUCGUCUCAAUCACGAACGCCCUCUCAGGAUUUGAGAAUAGGGAUUGGGUAGUCACUAGUUAUCUGUUGACUUAUACCGGAUUCUUGGUAAUCUAUGCCAAAUUCAGUGACAUCUUCGGCAUCAAAUUUAUGAUCCUUCUCGCACUGCUAGUCUUCACAGUCUUCAGCAUAGCCUGCGGCGCAGCGACGGGGAUGACAGAAUUGAUUAUCCUGAGAGCAUUCCAAGGCGUAGGUGGCAGCGGAAUCUACUCCAUGGUCGGCGUCGUCGUAACAGCCGUCGUCCCCGCCAAGAAGUUCGGGAAAUACAUGGCCAUCAUCUCUUCCGUCAUGGCCGUAUCCUCUAUCCUCGGCCCCCUCCUCGGCGGCGCGAUAAACGACAACACGACAUGGCGCUGGGUGUUCCUUUUGAAUGCGCCGGCCGGCGCUGCUGCCAUUGCCGUAUUAGUCUUCUUUUUGCCUUCUGACUUCUCAAAGGCGGAGACGAAUAUUUUUAACCGGCUGAGGAGUAGGUUUACGGGAGAAAACUUUGGGAGGAUCGAUGUCUGGGGUUGCUUUUUGAUGUUAGCCGCUAGUGUCCUUGUUGUUUUCGCGCUCGAGGAGGCGGGGACUAGGUAUGCAUGGGGCAAUGCGGCUAUUGUUGGGAGUCUUGUGGUUGCGGGUGUUGCGUGGGGAGCGUUCGUGGGCUGGGAGGUGUGGGUCGAGAAACGGGGAAAGGGAGGCGGGAGACAGGAACCGAUUUUUCCUAUGAGGUUACUCAAAAGUAGAGUGCUAGCUGGGAUGUUGUUAAACGCCUUCUUCGCAGGUUUCCCCUUCACCUCCCUCGUCGUCAACAUCCCACAGCGCUUCCAAGCCGUCAACGGCAGCACACCCACCCGCGCCGGUAUCUCGCUCCUACCACUGCUCCUCAUGACACCUUUCGCUUCCGGCCUCUCAGGCUAUCUCGUCUCGAACCAGAAGCUCCGCGUCCCGCCCCUCUAUCUCGUCCUCCUCGGUUCUUGUCUUCAACUCAUCGGCGUUGGGCUUGAUUCCUCGAUCUCCACGGAUGUGGAAGCGGGAAUACAGAAAGUCCAGUAUGCGUAUGAAGUCCUUAUUGGCCUGGGCUUUGGGUUGGUGUUGAGUAGUCUGUUGACGUUUAUUCCGCUGGUGGUUGAGAAGAAAGAUAUGCCGGUCAUGAUGGGCGCUGUGACACAAGUUCGCGUGCUUGGAGGUACCAUCGGGUUAGCCAUCUCAACCGUGGUGCUAAACAGCUAUGUGAAGUCCGCAUUGUCAGCACAACUUACUGUUGAGCAGAUAGCCGGGAUUGCAGGAAGUUUGUCCGAGCUAGGGAAACUGAGUAAGGAAGAGCAGCUCUUUGUGAGAAAGACAUUCGCGGAGGGGUAUAACCGGCAGACGAGGAUUACGCUGGUGUUUAGUGCGGUUGUUUUGUUGAGCUGUUUGUUGAUGGUGGAGAGGCGGCCGAGGAGGUUGCAAAGGAUCAAUGAGAGAGGCGAGAUUGAGGUUGAUGGGAAUGUGGGGGCGAGGGGGAUAAAUAACUCAGAGGCUUGA